AUCCUUCCUGCCAACUUCUGCCUUCAGAAACACAGGACUUAAGGUCACAUUAAGCCACCAUGCAUUUGUUUGCUGAAGCCACUACUAAAUUCACACUUGAGCUGUUCAGGCAGCUCAGAGAAUCAAAGGACAAUAUCUUCUAUUCCCCAACCAGUAUAAUGACAGCAUUAGCAAUGCUCCAGCUUGGAGCAAAAGGAAACACUGAACAACAAAUUGAGAAGGUUCUUCAAUUCAAUGAAACCACCAAGAAGACAACAGAAAAAACUGUAGACUGCCAUGAUGAAAAAAAUGUCCAUGAACAAUUUCAAAAGCUUAUGAUUCAGUUAAACAAAUCCAAUGAUGCUUAUGACCUGAAUGUUUCCAACAGUAUAUAUGGAGCAAAGGAUUUCCAAUUUCUCCAGAAAUUUUUGGAAAACAUUAAGGAAUACUACCAAGCUAACGUGGAAUCACUUGAUUUUGUACAUGCUGCAGAAGAAAGCCAAAAGAAGAUUAAUUCCUGGGUAGAAAAGCAAACAAACGGAAAAAUCAAAGACUUAUUUCCUGCUGGGAGCCUGAGCAGUAGCACUAUACUGGUUCUGGUGAAUGCAGUGUAUUUCAAAGGACAAUGGAAUCACAAAUUUGAUGAAAAGAAUACCACAGAAGAAAAGUUUUGGCUGAAUGAGAAUACAAGUAAACCUGUCCAGAUGAUGAAACAAAAAAAUAAAUUUAACUUCAACUUUAUGGAGGAUAUGCAGGCCAAGAUUGUGGAACUUCCAUACAAAGGCAAAGAGCUAAGUAUGUUUGUCCUGCUGCCAGUGGAAAUUGAGGGUCUGAAGAAGCUUGAAGAACAACUCACUGCUGAGAAGUUUCUAGAAUGGACAAGCCCAGAGAAGAUGCACAUGAUGGACAUGUAUUUAUCUUUGCCUCGGUUCAAACUGGAAGAGAAGUAUGACCUCCCACGUCCAUUGGAACACAUGGGGAUGCUCGACGCCUUCAAUCAACAGAAGGCUGACUUCUCAGGCAUGAGCAGCCCUCAAGGUCUCGUGGUGUCUAACAUUUUACACAAGUCCUUUGUGGAAGUAAAUGAAGAGGGAACAGAAGCUGCAGCUGCCACGGGUGUGGAAGUUGGUGUAACAUCAGUACAGAUAUCAGAGGACGUCAAUUGUAACCACCCUUUCCUAUUCAUCAUCAGGCAUAACAGGACCAAAAGCAUCCUCUUCUUUGGCAAAAUGUCUUCCCCUUAAGUGCAGUGGCUCUGCCAUGCCUCCAGAAAAGUUAACGAAGUUCUGCAGCUAAUUAUGGCCCGGAAAGAAUUUCUCUUGCUUCAUUUUCUUUCCCAUCUCAGAGUCCCAGCUAAGAGUGUGUUGCUUGGGGCAGGAAAGCUCUAGUAUCUCUAUUGUUCUUUUGUUUUCUUUUUUCUAUACAUCCAUACAUUCUCUGGGGAGAAAUUUUCAGCAAAAAGAUUAAGGGAUGUUUUAAUAUAGAUUCCACUAAUGUAGCAUGUGUCGGUGACCUGUGUUAAGUGAGCUGGAGAAAAUACCUUCUUUUUAAACUGAUUAAUAUAAACACCUGCAUUGCUUAGGGGAUAUCUGAAGACUUCAUAAGCUUACAAAUGUUGUGAUUUUACAAAAUACAUUUUCAAUAAAAUAAUGAUCUUGUCAACUU